AUGGCGAAGCUUAACGUUGCAAUUGUUGGCACUGGUAUAUUUGCCACCAAGGCCCAUCUGCCUACCCUUCAAAAGUCGGAGUACUUCACUCCACACUCGUGUUUCAACAGAACGAAGGCCAAGGCAGAAGAGUUUGCCAAAAGAGACUCCAGCAUCCAAAAGGUGUACAACAGUCUCGAGGAGGUCUUUGAAGACCCGGACGUCGACCUCGUGGACGCCUUGCUGCCUGCCCAGUUCACUGUCGACGCAUUGAAGCUGGCAGUCAAGCACAAGAAGAACAUUGCGCUGGAGAAACCUUUGGCUGCGAAUAUCGAGCAGGCCAAGGAAUUCGUCAAGAUUGCAAGAGAGAACCCCGACAUUACCGUAUUCAUCUUGGAGCACUGGUCCUACUUCAAGGCCGUCGAGCAACUCAAACAGGCCGUUUCCAAGAUUGGGAAAGUGUACUCCUUUACGUACCAUUCGACAGGACCUUUCAACUUUGACAAUGCUUAUCUGUCCACCUCCUGGAGACAGAAGCCAGAACACAUUGGUGGAUUUCUUUCUGAUGGUGGUGUGCACCAGCUCGCUCUUCUGACCGGCGUGCUCGGCGAGGUGAGGACGGUUUCUGCUCACACGAGACAGAUCCGCGAGCAGAGCGGGGCCGACGACAUUGCGUACGCGCUUCUGGAGACCGAGGCCGGCCAGAUCGGCACAUUCACCUACGGAUCUGCGUUCGGCAAUACAGACAAGAGCUGUUUCUUCGAGAUUCUCGGCGAUAACGGGUCCGUGCACUUCGACUUCAGUCCGGGCAAGGACAGAGUGAUCACGCUCAAAACUGGCGGGCUCACUGCGGACACUCCGAAAAAUACCGAGACUAUUACCAUCCAGGACGAGUUUUUGAGCACAGACAGAGAGUUUGAGGUUUUGGGCGAGGCGCUCACUUCGAAGGACAAGUCCAAGGUCAUCACGACCCCAGAGGUGUGUUUCCACCAUCUGAGCAUCGUGGAUGCAAUCCUGAGAAGCAGCAAAAAUAACGGUUCGCCAGUGGAGGUUAUUAAGCCGUAG